AAAAAAUCAUAUAACCAAAUGACAUAAAUAUUUUUCCGUGUUUUACUCUGAACGAAACAAAAAUUCUUCAUCAUGUCGUACGGAAUUAUGUUGGACAUGUCCAUGGACCCCAUGGAGGAAACCCGCAUCAAGAAAAAGUACUCCACGUUGAUAAGAGAAUUAACUAAGAAGUACCACUUUACCCAAGUGGAAGUCGAAUCGCUAAUAUUAAUCUAUCAUAAAAUACGUAAAGAUGGCGAUAUAAAACAAUCGGGCAUUACAAAAGUGCAAUUCUUGGAUGUGCUCCACAACGGGUUCGACAUGACUGAAGAUACCCUCAUCGACCGCAUUUUCACCGCAUUGGAAUCUCAUGGUACCGCACAUGGAAACAUCAUCUCAAUGGAAACCUGGAUAUCCGCCAUGUCUCUCUUUUUGAGAGGUACCUUAGAAGAGAAGAUAGACCACUGUUUUGCAGUGUACAACCUAAUGGGAGAUGGUAUGUUAGGCCGUGAUAGUAUAUUCACCCUUCUGAGGAAGUCCCUGAUCAGUUCGGGGAGUGAUGAUGACGCAGAGGAAUCCGCUAAGGAUAUGGUGGAAAUUCUCACGAAGAAAAUGGACAUUGAUCGUGAUGGAAAAAUCAGUUUUAACGAUUACAAGACUACAGUGAUGUACCAACCGAUGUUGUUGGAAUGUUUCGGGCAGUGUUUGCCAUCUCGUACCGCGGUCCACGCAUUCGCGACAACCGUGUUCAUUGACAGAGGACGCAUGUGAAUCAAAUAAAUAUCCUACCUUUUCGAUGUA